UCCUCAUCAGCGCUUGAUUAAAGGCGGUGGGGGCAGGGAUCAAACGCGCCGCGUCUCCAAGCGUAUGUGUGUGUGUGUGUGUGUCCACGUCUCGGCGUUGGGUCGGCCCGCACACAGCUGAGGGGAAAGCUAGCCUAGCUGAGACCAAACAGAGCGAAAAUGGCCGGUGGGAGCUCUCUGGAAGCCGUGAAGAAGAAAAUCAAGUCGCUGCAGGAGCAGGCCGAUGUGGCGGAGGAACGGGCAGCGCUGCUUCAGCGGGAACUGAACCUGGAGAGGAGUGCGAGGGAAGCAGCUGAGGGAGACGUCGCUUCCCUGAACAGACGUAUUCAGCUGGUUGAGGAAGAGUUGGACCGAGCUCAGGAGCGUCUGGCCACAGCUCUGACCAAGCUGGAGGAGGCUGAGAAGGCUGCUGAUGAGAGUGAGAGAGGCAUGAAGGUCAUUGAGAACAGGGCAAUGAAGGACGAGGAGAAGAUGGAGCUGCAGGAGAUCCAGCUGAAGGAGGCCAAACACAUUGCUGAGGAGGCUGACCGCAAAUAUGAGGAGGUGGCCCGUAAGCUGGUGAUCAUUGAGAGUGACUUGGAACGUACAGAGGAACGUGCUGAGCUGUCAGAAAGCAAAUGCUCUGAGCUUGAGGAGGAGCUGAAAACCGUGCAGAACAACCUGAAGUCUCUGGAGGCCCAGGCAGAGAAGUACUCACAGAAGGAGGACAAGUAUGAGGAGGAGAUCAAGGUUCUCACAGACAAGCUGAAGGAGGCUGAGACCCGUGCUGAGUUUGCUGAGAGAUCAGUUGCCAAGCUUGAGAAGACCAUUGAUGACCUUGAGGAUAAACUCACACGUGCUAAAGAAGAGGGCCUGAGCGUAAAACAGAUGCUGGAUCAGACUCUAAUGGAGAUGGUUAACAUUUGACCCAGCUCUGUUCCUCUCCCCACAUUGCCUCAUCUCUGCUCUGAAUAUGGCUGGCUCCCAUAUAUGGCUGCUACAGAUAAUGUGGGGAGUUGUGUUUAUGUCUCCUGUGACUUUGUCAUCCUGAAGAAACAAGCUCUACACAAGGUAGCACAAACAGCUUUGGUGAGCUACAGUCAAACUACACUUUCUGUUACACACUGUAAUCAAAUGUCAGUUAAAAUUCACUGUAUAUCUUUAAUAGGUUUAUAUGUAUGUUUGGAGAAUUUGCACUUUGGGAAAAAUACUGCACAUAACCAUCAUGAACAAAGCCAUAAGUUAAGCCAAGUUUACAUGAAAGGGACUUUUAUUCUGUGUACUUUUGUAGAGUUGCUUGUGUCUUUGUUUCUUCUGUGUUGUAAACAUUUAUUCAGUGUCAGUGAUGUUGUACACUCCCAGUUAAGCAAGGAAGGCGUUCUUGGCACAGUUGCUUGAAUGUACUGUUUGGUUCCAGCUAAGUGAAAGAAAUUUCUGUGCACUGUACUCACUUUUCUGCUCAUUUUGAGGAACGGAUGUUGUAUUUUUUUGUGUUAUUCUUUGUCUCUCCCAUUUUAUCUUGGAAAUGUAAAGAUCAUGAAUAAACGGUUGAUGUUAUUUGAA